AUGAGCCAGACUCUCUUCGACGCGGAGGAUUGGCCUCUCCCGCCUGCCCGACGAGAAAGUACCAUCUCGUCUUCGACCCAGUCCUCAUCCUCUAGUUUCGUGUCAACCUCAUUUUUCCCUCUUCCUCCCAUCAGCCCCGCCACAUCGUCUCCGGGAAGAUCGCGGCAGGCGUCAUGCCAGUCGUUGUACGAUGAAGUAGCUCGAUUACCACUAAACCCUGCUGUGACGAUCUCAUUCGUCCGAAGUCACAAACUUUUCAAACUUCGAUACACAUAUAUUGAUAUUCGCAAAGAUGCCACAGGAAGUUUAAGGGCCCUGGAGCUGGGAGGAGCGGUUGGCCAACAGGCGCCCUUUGUGCACACCUUCAACACCACAAAAAUUCCCGUCCCGCAUCUCGAACACCCCAAGCUGCCCAACGAACCCUCUCUAAGAAUUUCCUUCAUGGAGGAGCAGACCAUCCAGACCGCCCAUACUGUUUUCACAUCACAGUUAUCUUACACCUUUGAGGAUUGGAACGAUUGCGUGCAGUUUCAAGAGCUCAUACUCGCCGCCAAACUCGUUUUCAUUGCCGGGAUUGCCGAAGCCAAAUCGAAAGGUCGUGGAGAAGAAUGCAUCAGCCAGAAUCUACGCAUUCUGCGCGGGUAUAACGGCAAACAAGUCAUACUAUUUUUCGCCAAUUCGCAGCGAAAGGAGUUAAAGCGCUAUGUCUCUGUUCCUGUGAAUUGCGUCGAAAGUGUCCAACCGCCGAAAAAGGCCGGGCGGCCGGUUGUGCUACAUCUUCUACCAAAUUUCGACUACCUUUCCCAAAUGAAAAGUCUCCAGAUCCAUUUCUUAGACCACGGAGAUGGCCUGGCCUUCUGUCAAUUCCUGGCAGACCACGCAAAAUAA